AUGUGGGGAAAAAGGGAUCCCCCAUUCAGUACCCCGACUAACCAGCAGUCACCCCCUAACCCCCCCCCACGCAGCACCGCAAUUGGCUGGCACACCCCAGCAUACCCCCCUGGAAGAGACUGCCAGGCACUUACACGGGGUAUGUGGGAAAGGAGGGACCCCCACCCGGCACUCCAAAAUACCAGCGAUCACACCUGGUACGCACACCCUGGAAUUCCCACGCAGCAGCCCAAUUGGCUGGCACACCCCAGCAUCCCCCUGUGGAAGAGGCUGUCAGCACUCUUGUACAGGGCAUGUGGAGAAGGGAGUCUUACCCAGCACCCCAAAGGACCUCUACGUAGCACACCAAUUGGCCGGCAACCCAGCAUACCCACCUGGAAGAGACUACCAGGCACUUUUCACACGUGGGGAAGAAGGGACCCCCCAUCCAGCACCCCAACUGACCAGCAGCCACCCCCCCAGUACACCUCCCCCUGGGGCCCCACUCAGCACCCCAACCCGCAGUUACCCUUGGCACACACCCCUGGUACCCCACCUGACACACCCCCUGAAGAGGCUGAUGUUCACUCUCCAAGGGGCAGGUGGGGAAGUAGGGACCCCCCACUCAGCACCCCAACUGUCCAGCAGCCAUCCCUGGCACACACUCCCUGGGACCCCAAACCAGUGGUCACCCUGACACACCCCCUGAAAGAAGCUGGCGUGCCCUCUCGAAAGGGACACGUGGGGAAGAAGGGACCCCAGACCAGCAGCCACCCCCAGCACAUCUCCUGGAAGAGGCAGAUGCUCACUCUCACACAGGGGAAGAAGGGACCCCACCCAGCACCCCAAUACAGCAGUCACUCCCAGCAACCUUCCUGGGACCUCAACCAGCAGCCACCCCCGGCACACACCCCCUGGAAGAGGCUAGCGCUCCCUCACACCGAGCAUCACUACACAGACAUAGAAGAGGAACUCUUCAAUGAGGAUACCCAAUAUUUCUACUCCAAUACCAGCCAGCACUGUGGCUAUCUUGCAGUGGUGUGA